UCUUCCUGUUUUUUUUUUCCCUCCAUGUCCCUUCCGGGGCUCCGUACAAUUCACAACCCACGACGGAGGAGCUGCUAUGUACGGAGCCCUCCGUUGCUAUGGAGGAGGAUUUGGAACAUUUCCUGCGGUCAAGAGACGUCCCUCAAGAGGCUGUACUCAACAUGAAACGGGACAAGGUUGACAAGGCAGUGCUGUCUGUCAUGACUGAUGAACAAAUGUCACGAUACAUCACCUCUUAUGGAGACCGAGUCGCUGUUCUCUCCUUCUGUAACCUGGGCUGCGCAAAUAAAGAGACUCUUUUGCAGAGAUUGAGGGAUAAAAUUGGAUUACGGAAAAUGAAAUCAAAGACUACAGGAGUAGACAAUGAACUGAAUUUCUUUCCACAAGACUUGCCUUCAUAUUCAAGCAGCCAGCUUUCCCCAUCACCCUCCGCUGAUACCUCAGGAGAUCCAGAUAGGCCACGACGUGCAUCUAUUCGCAGGAUAAAGGUUGUUGAAGAUCUAUUAGCUGUAUUUAUGGACAGCAGCUUAAUGAAUGUAACUCUAAAGAUGGACUUUGUAAAUGAAAAAGCUCUUGAUGAUGCUGGUGUGUCAAGGGAGAUUUACACUGCAUUUUGGGAGCAAUUUCUUGAACAGUGCGAAGGUGAAGCAGAGCGCGUUCCAAGGCUGAGGCCAGAUUUUGGUGAGGAUGAAUGGCAAGCGAUUGGACGGAUAUGGGUGAAAGGAUUACUUGACCAUGGUGUCUUUCCAGUGAGGAUCUCAAAAGCUUUUAUUUUAGCUUGCAUCUAUGGUAUUGACUCAGUGGAUGCAGACACCCUCAUGACAUCUUUUCUUAACAACCUUCCUCCUCUUGAGAGAGCAGCUGUUGAGAAGGCUCUCCAGGGAUCAAUGGAAGAAAGUGAUGAAGAGGAUCUGCUUGAUCUGUUUGUAAGGAUGGGUUCCCAUUGCCUACCGCCAAAGAACAAUAUCAAGCCUGCCAUCCAAACAAUGGCUCAUAAAGUAAUUCUUCAAGAACCAAAGUAUAUUGUUGAUUGUUUCUCCACACCCAUGGCACUCAUACAGAGAAAACUGUCAAACAGAGAGAGUGUAUUGUCUCUAUAUGAGUCAAAGAAGGCCACAGGUAAAAGAGUAUCACAGCUGCUUGAAACAACAAAAAUGGUGCUGUCUCAGAGAGAGCAAACAACCUUUAACCAUUUCCAGCGUUACGUGAAAAAUGCUGACCAAGUCCAAGCUGAAAAAAUCCUUCGUUUCUGCACUGGCUCAUCUGUCAUAUGUACUGACAAAAUUAUGGUAUGCUUUAAUGCUGAAACUGGGCUCAACAGGAGACCUAUUGUUCACACCUGUGGAGCAACCCUUGAACUACCAUGCACUUAUGGUUCCUACCCUGAAUUUCGCACAGAGUUUGACAACAUCCUGUCCAGCAACCACCUUGAAAUGAAUAUUCUUUGACUUGGAGAAAAGUCCUUGUAAGGGCCUAAGACAAACAGGCAUCACAUGGUAUGAAAUUUUAUAUAUUAUUUAUUGUUUUUGUUACUUUUUUGUUUCUUUUGUAAUGCAAACAUACAAUGUGAUGUGGUUUGCCACCUACAAUUCUGUUUGUGCAAUAGUACUUUGCUAAAGGGAUGUUUGUUUCAUUUUUAAUUCAUUUUAAAUAACACAACUAUUACUUUGUCUUUUACCUCAGUUUGACCCAAAUUCAUCCUCAAGACAGCACUUUAUGUUUUUGCCAAUCACAGAUUUCAGAGCUGUCUAUCAUUGGUAGAAUUGUUAAAUAUUUAUGUUCAGGUGUUUAAAUUGUUUAAUUCAUAAGCAUUUGAUUGUCAACAGGAAAAAGAACUGUUAAAAGUUGAAGAGACCUAUGUAAGACCGUUUACAAAAUCUACAAGUUAAUGUGGCCCAUCUGACACUGAGUCUUCUCUGCCCUAAUGUGAAGUUGGUAAUCAGAUGUAUAUUUAAUAUGUCCAUAAUAUUGUUCGAAAUUGUUGUCUUAAUUCAGCACAUAACUUGAUGCUGCUGAAUGUAUUUUUAUAGGUUAAAUGUUCCCAUGAAAUUUUCAAGACAUGUUGUCCAAUUUUAAAAAUGUUUGUCCUUGAGUGUUUGUAAUAGCAAACCAAAGUUCUGAGUUACAUUUUCAAUUUAAUCAGGUGAAGUUGCCUGGAGUUCAUGCUGGAUAUGAAUAAAAUGAUUUCACACUGAAGAAAUGAAGUGCUUGUACCGGCUUUUAUUUAUUUUUUGUA